AUGAGACUCGUCAAUACCAAGACGCUGCAGCUUGAGACCCUGGAGGAGGGGUCUGAAAAAUACGCCAUCUUGUCGCAUACGUGGGGCAACGAUGAGGUCCUCUUUGACGACAUUCAGAGUCCCGCGCGCAUGGGCGAGAUUCGAAAGAAGAAUGGGCCUGCCUACCGCAAGAUAGCUCAGUCCUGCGAGAGGGCGCAGAGUCGCGAGCUCAAUUACAUAUGGAUCGACACCUGCUGCAUCGACAAGUCCAGCAGCGCAGAGCUUUCAGAGGCCAUCAACUCCAUGUUCCGCUGGUAUAGCAAUUCCGAAGUAUGCUAUGCCUAUCUCUCAGACGUCUUCAUCCACGAGGUUGGGGUCGAAGUGGCCGACAGCUUGAAGAGCAGUCGCUGGUUCACCCGCGGCUGGACACUACAGGAGCUACUUGCCCCUAAUGAGGUGGAAUUCUUCGAUCACAAUUGGUCGCCUCUGGGCGAACGACACGCUCUAUCUUCAACAAUUAGUGAUAUCACAGGCAUUGAUGAGACAUACUUGCAUAAGCCGGAUACGAAAAAGGACCGCAGGAUAUCGAUAAAGCUUCAGCGCGAAAACGUGGCCACAAGGAUGGGCUGGAUGGCCCAAAGGGAAACGACCCGUGUUGAGGAUAUAGCAUACGCUUUGAUGGGAAUUUUCGGCAUUAACAUGGCGGUUCUGUACGGCGAGGGCAGCAGAGCUUUCCUGCGGCUACAAGAGGAGAUUCUCAAAAGGUCGCCAGAUCAGUCCAUUCUCGUAUGGAGGUGGCCCUUGGCCCGCAAGCCUGAAACGAAAACACAACGGAUGCACUUUUUAGCUGAUAGCCCGGCAAACUUCAACUUACGCACAUACGCCGGACAGGAGGAUUCUGAGAAAUUUGGGGUCAGAUUAACAGAUCAAGGACUCGUUGUUCGUGUCUGGAAGUGUCCCUGCAAACUAACGCGUUGGAACCAUGACAAGACGGAGCUUAUAGACGCUGGGAACCGGUGGUUGGCUGUUCUCGACUGCAGUUUGUCGCCAGAUACGUUAUCGCGACCAGCAAUAAUUCUCGGGGAGAGUCCUUAUGCUGAAGGCGUGUUCCGACGAGAUCCCACGAGCGUUAUUAUGGUGAUAGAGCACGAUCGCAUGAAGUCGGGAUACUUGGAUACCGGCGGUGAUCGACACGCGAUACACUCCAUUGAGUAUAAGCCCGAAUUCAAGACAGAGACAAUUCUGCUCGAGUCAGAUACAGUUGAACCAGAAAUCCGUCUGCGAGGAAGCUUUCCCUUCAAGGUGAACAUGACUCUCAAGGACCGCGAGCUUAAGCAGCGCGCGGCCUACACAGGGUCUCAACGAUACGUUGUCGCUGGUCAGCUGGGAAUCAAGCCAACACAAAAUCCCAUAUACGGAGUCAUAUUCCUAGGAGACGAUGAAACCGACACCGAGCUCGUCGUGUGGUGGGGUCUGAUAGAAGAAGGCUCAGCCAUGUACGACGUGCACAACCGACACAACGGUCCUCGAGUCUGGAGUAACAGCGUCCCCGUGUGCUUCGCCCAAUCAUGGAAGAACCUCACAGGGGCGGACACGUGGGAUGCCUCUCUCGCCGAGUCCCUGGCUGUCAACAUGCUGUGCGAGGAAUUUCCCCUCCCGUGGAAAGGUACCGAGCGGCCUUCAGUGGUGGAAGUGGAGGACGGACUGAACCUGCAAAAUAAGAUUGGCGAUAGCAAACCCAUGGCGACUGAAACAGUGAUUGAGCUAUUCACGCAGUGCUCUCAACCUAUAAUCGAGUGUGUUGGUUGGGGGAUGAGACUCAAGGCGUCUAUGAGAAGGGUUGAGUUCUUGGGACGGCUGUGCUGUGAAUUAGACAUUGAGGAAAAGAACCCCAACGUCGAGAUUCCGUGA